AUGAUGUUUAAUAGUCUGAAAAGUCGUUUUUCAUCGAAAAAGAAAUCUUUACAAGCGGUUGAAGAGAAUAAACUGGAAAAUAAGGAAGAAGAACGUGAAGAAUGGGAUCGACCUAUUGAAUUUUUCCUUUCGUUAAUUGGUUGUUCUAUCGGUCUUGGUAAUGUGUGGAGAUAUCCAUAUAUUGCGUUCAAAAACGGCGGAGGUGCUUUUAUUAUUCCAUAUUUUUGUAUUUAUUUUCUUAUUGGUACACCACUUUUCUUUCUUGAAAUGUCGCUUGGUCAAUUUACAAGUAGUGGAUCAGCAGCUGCUUUUAAAAUGUCUCGAAUGUUCAAAGGACUCGGUUGGGCAACGGCAAUAAAUUCGUUUCUCGUCUCGAUCUAUUAUAAUGUUAUUAUUGCUUGGUGUCUCUUCUAUUUUUUCGCUUCAUUUCGACGUCAAUUGCCAUGGAGCGAUUGUGGAAAUUGGUGGAAUACAGAACGAUGUGUUAAUCCAGAAACAGAAAAUCUCUCGAAUUCAACAUCUUUCUGCAAUCUUUAUCGUCAGACGAAUUGUACAAUUCCAAUUCUUCCACCUGAGGAAUAUUUCGAUAAUUAUGUGUUACGGCGGAGUGAUUCACUUGACCAUCUAGGUGUACCAAGCUGGUCUUUGACUCUAUGUUUAUUAUUAGCUUGGAUUCUCGUUGGUCUUUGUAUCAUUCAAGGAAUUAAAUCAUCUGGCAAGGUUGUUUAUUUUACAGCAUUAUUUCCAUAUGUUGUCAUUUUUGCAUUGAUCAUUCGUGGUGUUACAUUACCAGGUGCUCGAGCAGGUCUGACGUUCUAUCUGAAACCCAACUGGAAGAAAAUUCAAGAAUUUGACGUUUGGAUUGCUGCUGCAUCUCAGGUGACAUUUUCUCUGUCUGUUGCAUUUGGGCCUCUUCUUGGCUACGCAAGUUUCAAUAAAUUUCAUGCAAACUAUCUCAGAGAUUGUAUUUUUGUAACUGUAUGUGAUUGUUUCACAUCGGUUUUUGCUGGUUUUGCCAUCUUUUCUGUGAUUGGUUAUAUGUCAUUUAAAACAGGUUUACCGAUUGAACAAGUGGCUAAAGCAGGACCUGGUUUAGCUUUUAUUGCUUAUCCUCAAGCUUUGUCAAGUAUGCCCGGUGGACCUUUCUGGGCAGUUAUUUUCUUCUUUAUGCUUUUAACACUUGGACUUGAUUCUCAAUUCGCUUUUGCUGAUGUAAUUAUAUCUGGUCUAUUGGACACAUUCAAACGUCUUCGUCGUCAUAAGAUGUUUGUUACAAUCGGUUAUUGUGGUCUUUGUUUUCUGUUAGCGUUGCCAAUUUGUGCACCGGGUGGAAUUUAUUUAUUCAUUUUAAUGAAUGAAUAUGCGGCUAAUCUAUCGGUUUAUGUUUGCGGAUUUUUUGAAUUUAUUCUCAUUGGUUAUAUUUAUGGAUUUAAUAACUUCAUGGAAGAUAUUCGAAUGAUGUUAGGUAAAAGGCCAUUAGAAGCAUUUUGGUUCGCCACUUGGUGUAUCACUGGUCCAAUUAUCACAAUAGUUGUUUUCUUUUCAUCGAUUGUUCGAUUUCGAACACCAACUGCUGGCAACUACGAAUAUCCAGCAUAUGCAAACAUACUUGGAUGGUUAAUGGUUUGUUCGUCAUUGAUAUUUAUUCCUUUAAUUAUGAUCUACGAAUUCUACAAAGGAUGGAAAAUGACCAAUGAAAGUGAUGGAAGAAUGCCCCAUUACCUACGAAUGUUGACUUAUGUAAGUAAACCUGAUGAUCAAUGGGGACCAGCAAAGAAUGUGAAUCGUUGGGGACGCUAUCAACCAAAGAUUGACGAAACCAUUCCUAUUGAUGAAACAAAUUAUUCGAAAAGUAACGAAAACGAUUAUUUCUAUUCUGAAAAUAUUCAUCGAACACGAUUCUAA